CGAAGAGCUGUUAAGGCUAUCGGCAUCGGACUCUAAGCUCUGCCAUCGGCGACGCCUCGCUAAGUCGUCCUCCUGCAGCGAGGAGCAGCGUCGCAAGCGCGCUGGUGGGAGCCCGCCUGCCUCUGCAGCGCCUCCGAAAAAUCGACCCUCGCUGCUACAUCCGGCGAAUCUCAUUCAAAUUGCGCUUACGAUUGUAGCGUACGCAUCUCCUACUGGCCUUUGGCGUCAUUGACGCGCGCUUGGUGAGUAGCCCUCCAUGGAUGCGUACUUCUAUACUGCGCAACGUCCCUUCUGGUUUCGUGGCGCCUUCUUUCGCUCGUCAGCGGCGCUCGUUCGCGAUUCGUUGUUGCUCGAAUCUAGAGCAAGCUGCUUCGAUCACGGCUGCAUGCGCGUGGCGUAUGUUAUCAUCGGGCUACGACGACGGCUCCGCUUGGGAUGCAAUCCCGCUGGAGAUGGUGGUGCGCUUCGGGAGCGUCGUCGUGGCCUGCAGACUUGUCCGGUUGCAGAGAUGUCUUCCUUGCGUCUUGUUGCUUUGCAACAUCGCAUGCAGUUCUGCCACACGUAAACGUCCGCAUUGGGCAAGCGCGCGUGAGAUCUAUGCAAGGAGGAUGCAGGCAGGCCCGGGGCGGGCGGCGGCACAGGUCGCGGACGCGGACGCGUCAAGACGCUCGCAUGCACGCGUGCAUCUUUGUCCCGCUCUGCGGGCGCGGGUCGUGUCACCGUUGCUUUGGGUCGCUUCAAUCUCGUUAGGCUCCUUUGCGGCCAGCUAGGGGUCCGGUCGGCCAGUCAAAUCUUGCUUGGCUCGUUCGACUACGCGGGAGCUAAGGAAAGUCAGACCGGUCGCUUGCGGCUCUUGAAUGUUCGGAGCAGCUUGUACCGAAAGCGUUGCGCAGCGAAGC